UGGCAACAAAAUAACAUAGCUAGAGAAGAAAUCUGAUGCGGGGGUAGCUAAAGAACGAAACAGUGACGCUGCUAGAUAUGGUUAAAACACAGUAACACAUUUUAAAGACUUCAAACGGAAUUAAAUGGAUCUCACUCUUGUUUUAAAGUAAAAGAACUAAUUGAUAUCCGAGCGUUUGACGUCAACUGGCUGUUGUUUUUGUUGAUAUGUUAAUGCUCAGCUGACAGACUGGAAGCUAUUUACUUGUUUGGACAGCUAUGAGCUGUUAGGGCUUGCUGGCUCGCUAAUCAUUUCUUUGGAGAAAGUUGAAACUGUUCGUGGAAAGUAGUUAGCUGUUAGCUAAAUAUUUUUGUUUGGAUGUGAAAUUAUCUACCGAGUGCCAGAGAGCCGCUGAGAGUCAGUCUGUUAGCUAGCCUGUUGUUAGCUUCAACAUUUGCACAUGAAUCCUUUCAGGAACAGCUCAUUGUGUGGAGUGCUACCAGCCACCUGUGCACGUUUCUGUAGUAUUUGACAUAAUUUGUCACUCAAGAAGACUGUGGUUUUGACGUAAUUGCCUUACUGCUAGUUGCACAAAAUGAACUUAUUUAACAACAUUUAUAUAGUGUUUAAAGUUAAUGCUGCAAAGACUGAUUUGAUAAAUAGUAGGCUAGGUUUUCUACAUACAUACAUACAUACAUACAUACAUGUAUAUAUGUAAUUGCUGAGACUUGUUACAGUCAGUGGAUCAGCAACCCCCUUACCAUGCAGCUGUUUUAAGGUAAUUUAUUCAUUACAUUUGGUUAUUUCUGUUGCCAGGAUCACCAUAUGUUGUGCUUUUUCAUUAACUGCUAUUGGAAAUAACUGGUGCUGUUGUCAAAGCUGUUCCAAUAAGCAUAUCCCUCUGUUCUCAAGUUUACACUGUAAGAAAUGAUGAGUUGGCAUGGCUCAUCUUCAGAAAAGGGACUUAAUACUAGUCUAGUAUGUCAACAGAGUUAUGACUGUGGUGGCUCUGAGGAUGCUGCAUUUGAGUGUGAUGAAUGCAAAAGCAUGCAAUGUGUUUGUUGUGAGGUCAAGCUUCACAGUCAGGAGCAUCUGAAGAACCUUGAGCAGGUUCAGAUAGGUCCUGGUAAUGUUCCUUACUGUCACAGUUUCAAAGGAGUUAAUGGAGACAAUGGAAAGUGCCAUAGAUCUGUGGUCUGCUGCCAGAACUGCAAAGUUAACUUGCGCCAAGGCUGUCAGAAAUGCACCCACAGUGGAGGCAACAACAAGAAACACAAGCUCACAUCUUGUCCUACAUCACCCAAACUUGCAGAGGUCAACUCUGUCCAAACCUCUGUUCAGCCUGCUGUUCAAAUAGCUGAUGAGACCAAAUCUCAGAAAGCAAAACUUCUGGAGAAGGUUUCCAGUUUUCUCCUGGUUGAUGAGAAUGAGAAAAUGCAGAUAAAAGAUGAGGCUUUGUUUGUGAGGAGCCUGGGCUGUGACCCUGAACAGCUGCUCAAAGUUGUGUCCAUCUUUGGUAACACAGGAGAGGGCAAAUCUCACACCCUGAACCACACUUUCUUUAUGGGGAGAGAAGUCUUUAAGACUUCUCCCACACAAGAGUCCUGUACGAUGGGUGUGUGGGCAGCUUUUGACCCUAUCCACAAAGUAGUGGUCAUGGAUACAGAGGGGCUGCUUGGGAUCAGUUCCAAACAGGGUCAGAAAACCCGUCUCUUGCUUAAGGUGUUGGCCAUCUCCGACCUCAUCAUAUACCGCACUCAUGCUGACCGUUUGCACGAUGAUCUCUUCAAGUUCCUCGGGGACGCCUCAGAUGCCUAUUUGAAGCAUUUCACCAAGGAGCUGAAGUCUGCCAUGGCCCGCUGUGGCCUGGAUGUCCCACUGUCCACCCUGGGCCCUGCAGUGGUUAUCUUCCAUGAAACAGUCCACACUAAGUUGCUUUGUUCAGAUAAGUCAUCUGAGUCAGUAGAUUGGCUGCUAAUAGAACGCUUCAGGAAGCUUUCCCGUUUUCCAGAGGCAUUCAGUUCUGUGCAGUACUGGGGCACACAGACUCUCGGCCCUCCUACCGACUUUAGUGGAUUGCAGAAUAAACUGGAGCAGCUACUGGAUAACAAUGCUACCCGCUCCCCACGCACACCUGUGGUUAUUUUCAAAGCCCUGCAGGCACUGAGUGAGUGCUUCACUGGGGAAACUGCAGGUGAGUGUGUGGCUCACAGCUGCUUCUUUCCUGAUGAGUACUUCACUUGUUCCAGUCUGUGCCUCAGUUGUGGCACUCUCGGUAAUUAUUUUUCCACUAGAUCUGGCUGCAAGAACAGCAUGAACCACUUAGGAGAAGGUGUGUGCCAUGAGGCGAAUCAUCGCUGUCGUUAUUCUGCUCAGUAUGAUAAUCGCAUUUACACCUGUAAGGCUUGCUAUGAAGGAGGAAAAGAGGUGAUAGUUGUCCCAAAGACCUCAGCUUCCUCAGACUCUCCGUGGAUGGGCCUCGCAAAGUACGCCUGGUCUGGGUACGUUAUUGAAUGUUCCGACUGCGGAGUGAUCUAUCGGAGCCGUCAGUACUGGUAUGGGAACCAGGACCCUGUGGAUACGGUUGUUCGCACUGAGAUCCAGCAUGUAUGGCCAGGGGUAAGAGAAUCAGAUGGCUUUUCAAAGGACAAUAGCAAUGCAGCGCAGCGUCUUCUGGAUGGAGUCAACCUAGUGGCUCAGUCUGUGUCAGAGCUCAGUGUCAAGCCUGCAAAGACGGUCACCUCUUGGCUGACGGAUCAGAUCGCCCCAGCCUACUGGAAACCCAACUCCCUCAUCCUGGUGUGCCAUAAGUGUCAUGCAGUCUUCCAGGACAGCGACACCAAACAUCACUGCCGUGCCUGUGGGGAGGGCUUCUGCGACCGCUGCUCUUCCAAAGUGGCACCCGUCCCUGAGAAGGGUUGGGGUCUUGCCCCUGUCAGAGUCUGUGAUGUCUGCUUCAAACAGAGAGCCUCAUGUGCAGAGAUGCUGCUUGAAGCUGAGCUCGAGCAGGAACAAGGUGGAACCCUCGCCAGGAAGGUUGGUGAGGCUGUCACCAACACCAUAGGGGUUGUGGUCACUGCUAUUGAUAUCCCACUUGGCCUAGUGAAAGAUGCAGCCCGUCCUGCCUACUGGGUGCCUGACCAGGACAUCCUGUGUUGCCACAGCUGCCAGCGUGAGUUCACUGCCAAGCUGUCCAAGCACCACUGCCGCACCUGUGGCCAAGGAGUGUGCGAUGACUGCUCCCCAGAGCGUCGGCCGGUUCCAUCCCGGGGCUGGGACCACCCUGUGCGCGUAUGUGCCAGCUGCAUCCAGAAACCUGGAGAACUUUAACAAGGACAGCCUUCCUUCCUCAGAGCACCAAAGAGAACCACUCACUCAGCUCGCAGUCUGUCACUGCUUUACCUCUGUUACUCCAUUGGCUCUGUAUCUGGGGCAAGGAAGCCCUUAGGCAUUCACAUAUAGGACAUUUACCAGAUUUAGGAUCUGAGAGUUCUUGUGGCCUUUGUAGAACAGCCAGAGCAUGUGAGUUACUGAGUGUGAGACCUGCAUUUCCACUCUGAUUAUUCAGUUAAUAUUUUGAUUCUUACUGACACACAAAUCCCUAAUUCAAUGUUAAAUGAGGCUAUUGAGCUAUUUUUCUACUAUUAGAAAAUAUUACAAAAAUGUAUCAUUGAAGGACAUUAGCCACUUGAGAACCCUGUGGGGUUGACUUGAUUAGUUUCUUGUAAUUGUUAUUAUUGAGCAUUUUCUCUAAUGUCGUAGUGUAAUGGCAAGGAGUUAAUUUAUAUCCAUGUAGAUGGAACUGCAGGUUCCAUUGAAUGGUGUAUUAAAGUAUUUUCAUUUUUGCACUAAGCCCGUUUCAGCUGUUGUAGGCUGUUGCUUACCAUGGCCAAACCCCAGAUAUCCAGAUGACCAAGCAGUCUGUCCCAAACUGAAAUGAAACCUCCAGUAGGUCUAGAUCUGUGGAUAUCUGGUGUGCCAAAGUCAUUCAGGUCACUGUGUCUGUGUUGGUAUAUUAUUUCUAUUUUAUCAUAUCAUUUAUGGUCAUUUGAAGGCAUAGAACUAUGUUUUUGGUGUGUAUAUUUGAAAUGUAGUAAAUUAUUUAUGUAUUGAAUUUAUUUUUUUUUAUUUAAUAGUGCUUUGGCCUGCAUGACGGUAUGAUGACAGCCUCUGAAUACACCUUACUAACUUUGUAUCAACCAGUAUUUUAUUGUAGACAUGUAUUUAUUUCACAUUCAAAUUUGGGUUCUUGACAUCUUGGUUUUAAAAGUUUUCUAAAUAUUUACAGUUGCUAUCUGUUUGGUUGUUUUGAAUAUUCUUUACCGAACUGAAAAUUAUCCAAAUUGGUCUUCAGUGCAGUUUUACAUAUUCCACUCACACUUCCAGGUCACGGUUAGCACAGCUGGACAGGAUAAGGACACCUGACAAAGCUUGAUAAUUUUUAUUCAGGCAUCAUAAACAUCCGAUUUUGAAAGAUUUAUUCUUUGUUUUUGUGUGGCAAUAUUUACUUUAUAGAUAUUUAUAUACUUUGUAGUGUCUAUACUGUAUGUAUAGUUUUUUGGUUAUUUUUGUUUGUUUUCUUUUAGCAUUACACAGAUGGGACGGUGAAACCUAUUUAAUGGUUGAGAGCUUUAACUUUCAUCAUUACUACUUUUGUGCUGAGUAAUGAGACUGUCACAUGGAUAUUUUAUGAAGCACAAUGUGCCUUUGACACAUUGUAUUUUACUGUUAAAAAUUAGAGGAAAGAUUUUUUGUUGAUUUCAAGUUUUGUAGAUAGUUAACUCUCUCUUUGGUUCUGAUAUCUGAUGGGAAGAUGUUUGUCUGCCUUCUCUCCAAAUAGAUUUAUCUGUCUGAAUGUUGCAUCACACACACCCUUCUCUGAGAUGUUAAUACUGCUCAGGAUAGAAAAAGAAAAAUAUCAUGUGAAAGUACUAUACUGGAGUUCAAGAUUUGCAUAAGAUUAAAGUUGUAUCAGCUGCUGUCUGUCAAAAACAUAA